UUUCAUUUACCUGAGUCUUCUAAUAUAACCAUGGUUAAGGAGAUGUCUGGUCUAUGGAGGAGACGAAAGUAUGAGUUUCGAAAAGCAUAUUAUGAUCCUUAUGAUACUCAUGAAGAAAGGAUUCUACAUAUUCCUCCAAAUGUUAAAAAAGAGGAGUGGAUAGAUUUCUGCAAGAAUGAAAGCACUGAAAAAGCACAGGAAAGCAGAGCUGAGAACAAGAGGAAAAUAGAACUAUAUGAUUACUCUCACACCACUGGUCGUAAACCUCAUUCUUUGGUGAAAGAUGAACUGGAGCGCGAGAAUCCUGAAGUGGAAAUCAGCACCUCUGAUGUGUGGAUUAAAGCUCAUACCCAAGAGGGUGGGGAAUUUCUGCCUAGUUCGCAAAGAUCCUUUGAUGACCUUAAGAAGGCCCAAGAAGAUAUCAAGGGGAAAAAAGAUGCGGGUGUUCCUGUAUCAGAUUUGGAUGUAAUGACUAAAGUUUUUCAGAAGGAAUGUAGAUGACGGGUUCGUGUUGUUGGUCCUGUUACUCGUAGUCAAUACGAUUAUUCUGCUCCUGCGCGUGCCAAAGUACAAGAAUUAAAAUCCAAGGAUGAAGUUGUUAAGCAUCAGUUGGGUGAGCUAGGUGACAGGGUGGGAAUUUUGAUCCAAGGCUUGGGAUCACUAUGUCACACUGUGAAGGAUAUCCAGUCCGCAAUGUCGGGGUCAUUUGUGGCAUCAAACAAUAACGGUUGUUUACAAGGUCAGGAAGCUUCACCUUUUCAGAAUAAUUCUGUCGCUGAUGCACCUUCACCUGCUCAAAUACCUUCACCUACUCAAACACCUUCACCUGGGAAAACCAGGUCACCAGCUCGAUCAUCAACAAGUGUUGAAAUGCAUCCAUGUUCAUUGUUGAACAUGGAUGAGGAAGUUUUGGCUGUUGGUAGACUGUGUACUGGUGCUAUGGGAUGUAUGUGUCACGGCUCUAUUGUACCAGCUAAUCUUGGAAAGAUUUUGGUGGAUAAGAUUCUCAUGCCAGAUGCACCAGUCGUAAAAGCUAACAAGUUUGUUGACAUCUUUAAAGAUGUUGUUGUUGGAGGGUACGUGCUUCAUCCAAAGAAGUGCAUCAAGAUGGACUAGUUGGGUUGGCGGUCGA